CUAUACUUCAUUCACUCAGCCAUCCACCUUCGCUCUCAACCCAGUAGUUUCUUCCAGCUCAUCUGUAUGCUUUGAUGCGACCCUUCCGCACAAGGCUCCUCGACCUUGCGCAUUGUCCUGCUAGAGAAUGGUCCGUCCACUCAUUCCGUAGGCAAUGGUACGAGAAGCAGACUCCUAUCAAAUACCGCUUCCGCGAGUUCAAACGGUUAAACCCCCUUCCAGCACAGGAAAUAUGGGUCACUCCAUCUCCACAAAGUGACUACGCUGGCUGCGUUGCUCUUAAUGACGAGUACCUACGUCAGUACAAGGACACAAUUGUUCCGAUUGAGCGGACUGUAUGGGGACAAGACGCUCUUAAAUGGCGCGUCAAAGGUUUUGAGAGAUUCGAAGCACCGCUAGAGUUUUUCCUCGACUGGACAGCCAGAAAGCUCGCUGACCCCGACACGUUUUCACCUAACGAAACCCUUUACAUCGCCCAAUGUUCCAUAUCCAGCUUACCUCACGGAUUACAAGAAGCCCUCCCCCCGCCCUUAUACUGUACCAAAUGCUCCUACGAAAACGGCAAUGAUGAUGAUUAUGAUGGCAAGAAACGCCACCUACAUGUGACGCAAGCCGCCGAGUUUAGCCCUGAUAAUGGCGUCGAAAGUAGUAGCAUUUGGGUGGGGGUUCCACCUGUUGAGACACCAUUGCACAAGGACCCGCAUUCCAACUUUUUAGUACAACUUGCGGGCUUCAAAGCAGUAAGAUUAAUUAGACGUGGCGAUGGCGAACUCAUGCUCGCGUAUGCAAAACGCGAGGUCCAGAUGAAGUGUCAACAGCUGGGGCCUGUGAGCAUGAGCAUGAGAGGAGAGGAGAUGAUGAUAGGACCCGAACGAGACCUCAUGAGCAACUUGGUUUGGGGGAUCCCCGAUGCGAGACACUUCAAUCAAGUCAACGAGGUGCUUGAGGACAACCAGGAUUCGCAGGGAAUCUCGCAUGUCAAUUGGUUUGGACGCUCGCCCGUAGAGGACGAACAGAGCAACGACAAUGAGUCCAUGGAUGUAGCUCUGUUACAUGGUAAAGACAGCGCCCUUGGUCUUCCUGAAAUCGAGGUAUACCACGCGACCCUUGCGCCAGGUGAUGCAGUGUUCAUCCCUAAGGGUUGGUAUCACUCUCUUCGUAGCAUUGGGUCUCACAAGAAUGGUAUCAAUCUCUCCGCAAACUGGUGGUUUAUCUUGGAAUGAAAGGCUACAAUCUGCGCAAUGACCUUACAGCUGACUUGCUGCAGCGCUAAGACAAUGAAUUGAUACAUUGUCGGUGUUACCAGAGAGGGCUAAGUGGGCUAGAGUACCGACUGCUUUAUAUUGGACGACCGCACACGUGUCUCUCAAUGGAGUACAGCUGUUGUUAUUCGCUAUCUUUUUAAGCUGUCUCCAAUACUUGUGGGUCUUCUGUGUGACUUGAUACAUAGUCCUGCGAUCUGAUCAAUCCGGAAUUCAAAAGCCCUCUGCUGUAGUCGCUCAUGAUACUAUAUUCAAUCAAAUUCAGUAAUUCUGCUCUUUGAAGGCAGCAAUUGCAACUCAUCUAGUCUGACCAGGACCGAAGAGCAGGCUGAGCAGCUGAAGAAGGUUUCGCGAAGUCACGCCUUGAGAAGUCUCGGUUGCUCUCAAAUACUGAGAAUAUUCCGCAUAAUAUUAUUUCAUG